AUGGGUAUUUUCAAGAGACAAAAAGCUCAAUCCAAAGAAGGAAAAGAGCGCGAAACGCGAAUGUUCUUCACGGCGACUAACUCGCCAUAUCCAAUAUUCGAUCUUUCGGCCUGCGAUUUGGUCAAGACUCCAGUUGGCCUUCUCUCUCGCUGCAAGAAUCUUCAGAAAACCACGCUCGACUUGUCCUGCAACAGACUCAAGACGCUCGAAGGCAAAAUGGAGAACUUGGACGAGCUUAUCGAGCUGCGACUCGCGAACAACAACUUUAAAGAGCUUCCAGCUGGUUUUCCCAAGAUGAAGAGCCUUCGAGUGCUAGACCUCUCGGGGAAUACGAACUUCAAUAAGCUUGAACAGUGCCUUGCCCUGCCGCAGUUGCGAAUCCUUCGUAUUCGAGGCACGAACAUAACGAAAAUCCCGGAGGAUGUCUUUCGUCGGGAAUGCCCUUUGUGGAUCGACACGGACGCUAAAGUACGUUAUCCACCUGGAAACGAAGCAAAGGUCAAAGAAAAACUUACCAAGUACAAAGCGCUGAUGGGUUCUUUGCUCGAGCUACAGUACUGCGAACUUCAAGUACCUCCCGAAGACCUCUUUAAAAUAAUGAGCCUUCACCAAAAAAAUGAGCUAGAUAUCAGCCACAAUCACCUUCUCGAUUUGAAACUCGACUCAAAUGAAGAUUUACUCAAAUCGCUCAAGCUCAAGCGCUUGGAUUCAUCCUUCAACAGAUUGACCUUUCUCUCGCCAAUCAUUUUCGCACUGGGAAACCUUGUCGAUCUGAAUGUGUCUCACAAUGAUUUAUGCAAUCUUCCGAAAGAGCUUUCAAAGAUGGAGAGUUUAAGAAAAUUGGACGUUUCAUUCAAUUCGAAGCUAUUUUAUCUUCCAAAACCACCCAGUCUUCUUCACCUGAAUAUAUCUUCAACUGCUAUCCAACUUACCGAGGAAUACAAGUCAACUAUCGCUUCCAUUGUCGAAGAAAAUACUUCCCCAGUCCCUGGAAUUUCCGAUUUAGCUUCCUCGAGCGACGGAGAUGCCCCCGACACUCUGCUGAGAACACAAAUCGACGAAAAUGAUGAGAAACUACGAAUUUUCAAGCGCCAGGAAGAAGAAAAGCAGCGUGUGAUUCUGGCGAAAGAACAGGCACAGGCGAACUACGUGAAGGAACUUGCGGCACGUGACAGAGCUGAAAAUGAAGAACUCGAAGACAAGACGAUGAGGCUUGCUCUGAUCGAAGCUGAGGAAGAAAACAAAGCUCAGUGGAAGCGAAAGCUUCUUGAAUUCGAGGACGAGUGUAAGUCGCUUUCUUUCCGCCUGCUGAGCGAAGAGACCGAGCGCAAGAAGAGAGUCGAUUUCAUCGACCUUCUAAAGAAACGAGAAGCCGAGGAUGCAGAGCAUUUCAAGCUGACGCAAGAACAAGAAAGCAAAGUCAACGUCGAAUUCGCUCAACGCCAGAUGAUGCAGUUCCUUCAAAAUGAAGAGGACUUUGCAAGGAUGAUGAAUUAUCAUCAGAACAAAGACCUUGAAGAUAGAAAACGACUGAAAGCGUUUGCUGAAGAGGAAGAAAGCAUGAAACAGAAACGAUUCGCGUUGAUGGAUUCCGUGGACAACGAGAAAUGCUCUCGUCAAAAUCUCGAAGAGCGGGAAUACUUCCAGAAAUUAGCCUGUCAAAGAGCAAUCGAACAAAAUGACAUGGAGCUGCGUGAUAUUCGUAGAAACGCAGAAAUGGUCAAACUGGAACUGGAAAAAAUCACAGUAAUGGAGGUCGAUCGUCAGAGUGUCGAAAAUAAAGAGAUGAUGCUUUUACUCGAAGAACGACGAAUGGAGAUGUCUUCUCUUUUGGGUAAAUUUCUCAAAGACGAAAAAGUCCGACAAGAGCAGGCUCGUGAAUAUUUGGAUCAAAUAGAGAAGUCUCGUCAACAAAAUGAAGCCAUGUUUUGGGUUCGUCAGUUUGAAACUCUGAUGCAAUCAAAGCCUAUCGCUUUACAACGAAUGGAAGCAUCUAUGGAUCGACGAGUUCUGAGAAUAAUUCAACGCGCCGGAGCCAUUGACUCUUUAGAGUGCUUUGGAGCCCACAAUAUUUCUUUCGGGCAGUUAAAGAAGCUGACUCACAAAGAUCUUGAGCGUAUUGGUGUGUAUCGUCUCGGCGAUCGUCUUCGCAUUCUCGAGCAAGUUCUUCUCGACGACGGCGAAGAUGAGAACGCAUCGGCACCAAAGGUUCUCGACACUCCAGCGAUCGAACAAGCCGAAAACGCCUCUGCCCCACCUGCUUCAAUUCAAUCUUCAACUUCACUUCCAGCGGACCAACAAGUCUUCAGAGCAGAAAAUGAGUGUUGUAUUUGCAUGGAAUCGUGCGCUCAAAUCUGCUUUCUUCCAAUGAGCAUAGCGAAAAAAUACGCUGAACUCGCUGGGGAUGAGGCUAACAAAGGCCUUCAGGAUUUUCUAUCUGAAGACGCAUUUGAUCAAUACGGGGUAGAUUUAGUCUUGGAUAAGAAUAUCGUCCAGCUCGAUGAUCAGCAAUUCGAAUGGCUUUUCAACUCCUUGUCUGACCGUCUGUCAUCCCUGAGCUCUAUCGUUCUUCGAUACCACCACAUAACUGAUAAAACUCUCCAAUUAAUCGCGCAGCAACUUCCGUUGUUGAAAAGUCUCUUAACCAUCGACGUACUUGGCUGCAACAUCAGCGGUGAAGCUGUACCUGACCUUUUGAAUGCUAUAUCUUCCUCGAACGUUCGCAUUCUUAUUCUUUCGGGAAACCAUAUCGAUCAGGAGAUCGGAAUUCGUAUUGGAGAAGAGUUGGCUUUUUGUCCUUUGAAAAUUCUGGAAAUGGCUGAUUGUGGAUUAACUUCUAAAGGGCUCAUUUCGAUAUUCAAACACAUCGUCUCCGAAAACUGUCAGAUUAAAAAGUUGGACAUUUCUGGAUCCGAGCAGUUCACUCCCGAACAAUACAUUUGUGAGCACAUCGAAUACGCUCUCCAGCAGCGUCCGAAACUCGAGCGACUGCACCUCAGAAGAGUUGGUCUCCGAGAUUAUGGUCUGACACGCGUGAUCGAGGGAGUGACCAAAUCACCAAAUAUGAAGUACUUAGAUGUUGCUGCGAAUAAACUCUCUCGAGAUGCAGCGAAAAUCGUAGCUCCCUGUAUCAAAACGCUCGACACGAUUGAUCUAUCACACAACAAUAUUCAGUCAGAAGGAGGCGUCACUCUGGCAAAGAAUCUUCAACAGCCCGAGUGCACUCUCCAUACAUUAGGCCUCACUAAUUGCAAUAUCGGAGAUGAGGGACUCGUCGCUCUCCUCAGCGCGUUUGAAAAAUGUGAGUCAAUCAAAUGUACAAUGCUCUGGGGAAAUAUCUUCGAGAAGAAGUCCUCUCAGGCUAUUACGAGACUCCAAAAAGAAGGAAUCCUCACAGAAGAGAACACUGAUUGCCGGGCAGAUCAAUCGUGGAGUGAAGACGGCGCUUUCCGUCCAGCACAACUGAGCCACAGCUUACACACUUACUACUGGUGGCAACCGAAACUUGGGCCGCAAGCAAGACUUGCACAAUAUCAGCAACCCGGGAUGUUUUAA